CACCUAGAUUUUCAUUGGCUGUUUUCUUGGCGCGUGACAGAGCAAAGAAGGAUCUCCCCUUUAGGAUUAUCCGCAAAGUAGAACAAGGACACGGCUUUUCUGGCGCAUGCGUAAGCUUUCUAGCUCUAUGGCCGGGGGAACACCAGCGAAACGCGUCAUGAGCCCUUUGAAACCCGAUGGGCGCGGUAUUCUUGCGUAACGUGUACCCGCAGCAAAGAUGGUGGCUAAGACCACAUAGAUGGGCACAUAUCACGUUCUCCGGUUAGCUGUGCGUGGGGACGUUUGCGGUGCGGCCCCGGCGACGCAGUAUGUCUGUUUUCCACGACGAAGUGGAGAUUGAGGACUUCGAGUACGAUGAGGAGAGUGAGACGUACAGCUACCCGUGUCCGUGCGGAGACCGCUUCCUCAUCACGCGGGAGGAUCUGGAGAAUGGUGAAGAUGUGGCCACCUGCCCUAGUUGUUCACUCCUAGUGAAAGUCAUCUAUGACAAGGAACAGUUUAUGUGUGGUGAAGAAGUCCCAGCGCCUACCACAAACAAGGAGUUGGUUAAAUGCUGAUGAACAUCUUGUCAACUGUGCAGUCCAUGAAACAUGAGGAAGGCACAUCAAAACAGAAGAUUCAUGAUGUUUCACAACAGCUGCUUUUGCAGUAUGAAAGAAAGAACUUAUGUUAAGCCUUUGGGUGUGUUUUUGGUGCCUUUAAAGAUGCUUAAUAUAUUUAAAGACACAUAAUAUUUUUUUAGUACAAAUGGAAACUCAGAAAAGUCCGCGGUUGCUGGAAUUGUCUGAAGUAUUUAUUCUAAGUCAAGCAAGUACUUACAAACAAUCACUGGAUUGCCGACGUUGGAUUGUUCCCAGUGGUGUUCAGAAUGAAGCAGGGUACCCUUGUACUGGAGCGUGAGAGUGCUGGCUUCCACGCUGCUUUCGUCAUUUUUCGAAUAAUGGGGACAUUGUCUGUAUUAUAGGCUCAGUUAGUUGAAAUCAAACAUACCAAUUUUGUCAUUGUUCUUUUGUUUUAUACAAAGUUUUAUCAUGUCA